UGACUGCAAACGGGAGUGCGAGCGAGCCAGCGAAAAUUGUUCGACCAUCUUUUUUGACAUCCGCGAAAACUCGGACCGCAAAGUACCGACCGAUCGACGAACCGAUUUUAGCUCACAUCCGGAUCCUAUUUCGAACUCUUUCCGUUGUAUAUCCUUCAGAGGGAGACGCAAAAUGUUCAAAUCCGUCGUUCCGGUUCUCGGCCAGGUGCCAGCGGAGAUGCUGUUCGGACAGCAGAACCGUGGCAUGGCCACCCUGAAGGCUAUCUCGAUCCGUCUAAAGUCGGUCAAGAACAUCCAAAAGAUCACCCAGUCCAUGAAGAUGGUGUCCGCUGCCAAGUACUCCCGAGCGGAACGUGAUCUAAAGCAGGCCAGGCCGUACGGUGUCGGAGCACAGCAGUUCUACGAGAAGGCCGAAGUCGCACCGAAGGAGGAGGAGCAGAAAAAGCUGUACAUUGCCAUCACCUCGGAUAGAGGUCUGUGCGGUGCUGUUCACACUGGUGUUGCCCGUUUCAUUCGCGGUGAUCUGGCCAAUGAUCCCAGCAUCCAGGUCAUCUGCGUCGGCGACAAGUCCCGUGCCAUCUUGCAGCGCCUGUACAGCAAGAACAUCGCCAUGGUGUGCAACGAGGUUGGCCGUUUGCCACCCACCUUCCUGGAUGCUGCCAAGCUGACGAACGCAAUCAUCAACUUGGGUUACGAGUAUACCGAUGGUAAAAUCAUCUACAACAAGUUCAAGUCGGUCGUGUCGUAUGGCGUAGCCGAUUUGCCCAUUUUCAGCUUGAAGUGCGUGGAGUCGGCCGCCAAGCUGCCCGUGUACGAUUCGCUCGAUGCCGAUGUGAUCCAGAACUAUCUGGAAUUCUCGAUGGCCUCGCUGCUGUUCUACUCGAUGAAGGAGGGUGCCUGCUCAGAACAGUCCUCCCGUAUGACGGCUAUGGACAACGCUUCCAAGAACGCCGGCGAGAUGAUUGACAAACUGACACUGACCUUCAACCGAACCAGACAGGCUGUCAUUACCCGUGAGCUGAUUGAAAUCAUCUCUGGUGCUGCCGCUCUGGAAAGCAAGGAUUAAGCUGCCAUUUGAUGGGGCAUUGCUCUAUAUUAUUAUUGGGAAACUGUAUUUUGUGUAUUGAGUUGUGUUCUGCAACAAUUCGAUUGAAUAACAUCUCUAAAAAUGGAAGGUAAAUAGUACACAGUAAACGUUAA